AUGAUUAUUAUAGAAGAACGAGCUGAUGAUACUUUAGAAAAAUUAACUAGUAAUACUGUUAAUAAUGUUUCUUUUAUUGUUAGAGAUAAAAGGCUUGAAUUAUUAUUGAGCAAAUUAAUUUUCACUAAUUUUACUUUUUUAGGUUGCAGAAUAAUAUUAUCACUUGGUUGCGAUGGUGAAAUUGAAGUUGAAAUUGUAUCCAAUGUUUCUU